AUGUCUGACAUUAUUAUCAUUGGUGGAGGGGUUUUUGGCCUUUCUACUGCAGCUCAUUAUGCAAAAUCAAACUCCGUAACGGUGAUAGACAAAUUUGAGAUACCCUCGCCCUUAUCUGCAUCCACCGAUUACAACAAGAUCGUUAGGCUGGAAUACACGGAUCCCGUAUAUGCAGCAAUGGCCGUCGAAGCUAUGGACUAUUGGCAAGGAAAGGGCGACGAUGUGUACCCGGCUGGUUUGUUUCAAGAUACCUAUUCGCACUGCGGGCGCAUUUCUGUUGUACCUCCGAAGAGUUCGCCCAGAUACGAUUUUGAAGUACAGAGCCUAAAACUGCUAAGAGAAGAGUUUGGUCGCUGUGAUUCAAUUGCUGAGCAUAUCAAUGAUUUGACUUGCGGCAACGUUUUCCCGGAGUUUGAAAAAAGUCGCGCGCAAGGUCUCUUUAGGUUCAAUCCCGAUUGUGGCAUUGGGCUCGCUGCUCAAUCGCUCACUGCUAUCAAAAGCUAUAGUAAGAGCCUGGGAGUAAAUUUUAUAGAGAAUGACGGAGUAAUGAGCAUUGACAGUGGAAGCAAACGGGUGAAAGUCACUAUGGAGUCCGGGCGGGAACUUUUGGCUGAAAGAGUGCUCGUAGCGUGCGGUGCAAACACUCCGUCCCUUCUGGAUCUUGGCCAAAGUGUGAAAUCUACGGGACUGUACGUGGGGCAUAUCCAGCUGAGUGUGGCAGAAUAUGAAAAAUACAAGAACAUGCCUGUGGUGUUCGAUCCAACAAUUGGAUAUUUCUUCCCGCCAGAUCGAGCAACAAGGAUCCUCAAGCUUUGUGCGAGCGCCAGCUCGACCUACGAUAAAUCUAGUGAAGCGCUUCUACCUCGCUAUCAAUGUCUCGAGCCCGAUAAGGUCAAGAGCAUACCUGUGCAGUCUGUGGCACAGAUCCGGACUUUGAUACGCAACUACCUGCCGGAUCUCGAAUUUGGCCCCAAUGGGCAACUGCGAGAUGUGAUUGACUGCAAGGUAUGCUGGAUCAGCGACACGUCCGAUUCAAAUUUUAUUAUUGAUGAGGUACCAUCGAAACCCAAUGUUUUUGUAAGUUGUGGGGACUCUGGUCACGGCUAUAAGUUCUUGCCCAAUAUUGGUGGCUAUAUCAAGGCGCGAAUGGAUGGAAAUCUAUCCCCUCAACUUGCCCGCAAAUGGUCUAUACGUGAUAGCGAUUGGACUUCCCAGAUAAUUCCCUGGCGGGUAGAGCACAAGCGGAAACACAUUGACGAGAUAGAAUGGCACUGA